AUGGAGGUUUUGGUUUUGAAACUGAUUUUGAUGUACUCACUUUUCAAUGGAGUAUUGUUGGUUUGCUCCAUGCAAAUGGGACUGGGAGGGAACGAGACAGAUAGGCUGGCCCUGCUAGCCAUCAAAGCUCAAAUAAAGCAUGAUCCUCAUAAUGUAACGAGCUCCUGGAAUGAAUCCACUCACUUUUGCCUGUGGCACGGCGUCACCUGCAGUCGACGACAUCGCCAAAGGGUCACAAAGCUGGACCUUCAAUCUCAAAAGCUCGCAGGGUCCCUAUCCCCACACAUAGGAAAUCUAAGUUUCCUAAAGGAACUAGAGCUACUAAACAACAGCUUUACCGACGGAAUCCCUCCAGAAAUUGGGAAUUUGCGUAGGUUGCAGGUACUAGCUCUACGCAACAACUCAUUUAGUGGCCCUAUUCCAUACAACAUAUCAUAUUGCUCCAACCUCAUCUUCAUGAAUUUCGGUUUCAACGGGUUGGUGGGUAAAAUUCCAUCUGAAUUUGGCUCCUUAUCGAAGCUUCGAAGAUUUGUUGUGCAAUCUAACAAUUUAACAGGGGAGAUCCCUCCUUCCUUGGGGAACCUUUCAUCUCUCGAGGUACUUGCUGCAACUUACAAUAACUUGGUGGGAAGCAUCCCUAGUUCUCUUGGCCGUUUGAAAAAACUAACAUUCUUGUCAAUGGGCGCUAAUAAGUUAUCUGGUACCUUCCCUUCCUCCAUCUUUAACCUCUCUGCUCUUUUUACUCUGUCCAUAAUACAAAACGAAAUUCAGGGGACUAUUCCCUCAGACUUAGGUAAAACUCUUCCUAACCUCCAAGUCUUCAACAUUGCCAUUAAUCAAUUUACCGGAACCAUUCCCAGCUCCAUAUCCAAUGCCACAAGUUUAUUGAGAUUUCAAGUUCAAAAUAACAAACUAACUGGGCAGGUGCCGGAUUGUCAAAAGCUUAAUGACCUUCAGGAUUUCAACAUUCAACAUAAUCAUGUUGGAAGCAGUAAAGAUGGAGACUUAAAUUUUCUCUCAGGCUUAACCAAUGCUACAGAGUUAAGAACGUUGAUUAUAGCCGAUAACAAUUUAGGAGGGACGUUGCCCACAUCAAUAUCCAAUCUCUCAACCACGCUUCAAACAUUUUGGUUUAAAGGGAACCAACUAGAUGGAAGCAUCCCGGAUGAGAUAGUGAAUCUGGUCAGCUUGGAAUCGUUGUUUAUGUGGGAUAAUCACUUCACAGGUAACAUUCCCAAUAACAUUGGUAAGCUUUCAAUGCUUGUAGAAUUAGAUAUUUCCAUGAAUGAAUUAUCAGGAAGCAUUCCGUCCACUCUUGGAAAUUUAACCAAGUUAAACAAACUCUCCUUGGAAUAUAAUAAUCUUCAGGGCAACAUCCCUUCAAGCCUAGGGGAAUGCCAGUCAAUGCAAGCAUUGGAUCUGUCUAAUAAUAACCUAAGUGGCGUAAUACCUCAACAAGUUAUUGGCCUGACAUCCUUAGCAAUGCUUUUGGACUUGUCUUCUAACCACUUUACUGGUUCUCUUCCUAUGGAGGUUGGAAUGUUGAAGAAUCUAGGUGCACUGGACGUUUCUGAUAACAUGUUAUCCGGAGAGCUUCCUAGUAGCCUUGGUAGUUGUGUCCGUUUAGAGGUCCUACACUUGCAAGGCAACUUCUUCAAUGCGACCAUUCCUUCAUCAAUGAACUCUUUGAGGGGGAUUCAAGACUUAGACCUUUCUCGCAACAAUUUUUCGGGUGAAAUUCCGAAGUUUUUGGAGGGUUUUGUCUUGGUGAAGAGUCUCAACCUGUCUUUCAAUGAGUUUUGGGGAGCAAUUCCAACUGGAGGUGUUUUCAAAAAUGCAAGUGCGAUUUCAAUUACUGGCAACACCAAGCUCUGUGGAGGUAUUGCUAAUCUCCAACUGCCCAAGUGCAAGUCCCAAAACGGAGGAUCAUCUCGUAGCUCGAAAUUAAUAAUCCCGUUAGUACUUUCCGGACUUGCUCUUCUUGUAAUAGUUAUGGUGAUGUCCUAUUUCUUCCUCUGUUCGUCAAGAAGGAAAAGGAAAGAGAUUCCGUUGAGCACAUUGGCGAACAAUUUCUUGCAAGUGUCAUAUACUACUCUCCUAAGAGCUACUGACGAGUUCUCUUCAGCUAAUUUGAUUGGUGCAGGCAGUUUUGGGUCUGUGUACAAAGGAAUUCUUGAUGAUAAUGAUAAACAUCAACUUGUUGCUGUGAAGGUGUUCAACUUGUUACGCCAUGGAGCAUCGAAGAGUUUCAUGGCCGAAUGUGAGGCUUUAAGAAACAUCAAGCAUCGAAAUCUUGUCGAGAUUAUAACUGCGUGUUCAAGUGUUGACUUUCAUGGUAAUGACUUCAAGGCUCUGGUUUACGAGUACAUGGACAGAGGAAACUUAGAGGAGUGGCUGCAUCCUCCUACUGAAAUUGAAGAGGUAAGAGAGGCACUCAAUCUAGAGCAAAGGCUAGACAUUGCCAUUGAUGUUGCUUGUGCAUUGGAUUAUCUUCAUAAUCAUUGUGAAACACCGAUAGUUCAUUGUGAUCUCAAGCCGAGCAAUGUUCUUUUGGACAACGAGAUGACUGGACAUGUUUCUGACUUUGGACUCGCAAGAUUUCUCUCCCAACAAACUGGUACUAAUGCUUCAAAAAAUCCAACAAGUUCCAUCGGAAUAAAAGGAACAGUUGGUUAUGCUGCUCCAGAGUACGGUAUGGGAAGUGAGGUGUCAACAAAUGGAGAUGUCUAUAGCUUUGGUAUUCUUCUGUUAGAGAUGUUCGUAGGAAAGCGACCCACCGACGACAUGUUUAAAGGGGACCUAAACCUUCAUACUUUUGUUAAAAUGGCUUUCCCUAAUCGAGUUAUGGAGAUUGUAGAUUCAACACUUUUUGAAGGAGGCACCAACGAGAGAAGGGUUCAAAAGAUUGAGGUGUGCUUGAAUUCAAUAUUUAGAAUUGGAAUUGAAUGCUCUGCUGAAUCUCCGACGGACCGUCUGAAGAAUAUCAGUGAUGCUGCAUCUGAGCUGCAUUCCAUUAGAGACGUUCUUCUUGGAUAA